AUGGAAAAACCAGUAAACAAGAAUACUUUGAGAACGGGGCGGGAUCAUUGUUCUGCCGGUGUUCUCUCAACCAGUAACCUGGACAAAGGUUGCUGUGCCAAACGAUGCUCCAGUUCCAUCUCAAGACUAGGACCAAAAUUGAAUACCAGAAAAUCAUCUUCAUUUUCCAGUUUCCCUGCCUCUCAUAGUAAGCUCACAGGUCCUAUGACACAAGGAGAAGCUGAAUUUAAGAACCAUCUUCAGAACCUCAUUGAAUCUUUUUACCAGAACACAGAAGGGCCAAAGAGGAGAGAACGCUCUGAAGUGGUAAAGCCCCAGAAAUCAGAAGAUCCCUCUUACCGCACCUCACAGAAAUGUGCAGCCCGGGACUGGCAAGAGGCUCCAUCCAAUUUCUGCAAUUUAGAUUCCUCCUUGACCCAGCAUGAUCUGGAAUAUCGAUGUGAAAAUAUAGCUAUGAGGCCAAACAGCAACUCAUCUGUGUGUAACACUGAUUCACCAGCAGAGGCCUCUCUGAUAUUGAACUCCAUUGGCAACCAGCUCCCAGUGAACGUGUAUGAGGAGGUGUACUGCCAGAUGAAACAACUACAGCGAUUGACAUAUCAUGUUGAAAAACUCGGAGAAAUGGUUCAAACUGUCCAAUGUAAGCAUUGUGACAAACAGGAAAAGAGACUUAAAAAGAAAGAGAUUGAGGUUGAAGACACAAAAGUGUAUUUUAAAAGACAGCAACAGGAACUAAGGCAACAACAGCAGAAAAUCCAAGAGAAUGAAAUUCAGCCAGUCAACACGUUGGGGAGAAGCAAUAUCAGUUCUGAUAUAAUGCAGAUUGCUACAGAGGAAAGUAAUUGUUUCAGUUGGAAGAUAAAGUAUGAGCACCAAGUUAAACUGAACGUGGACCUACAGUGUCGGAUUGAACUUCUGGAAAAAUAUCUGGGUGAUCUACAAACUACUGAAGAAUAUGAAAGGCAGGCAGAACAGCUCAAAGACCAACUUUGGAAGAAUGACCAGAUGGAGUGUGAAAUAAGUGAACUGAACAGGAGGAAUGAGCUUUUGCAGACAACUAUUGAAGAUCUGAAGAGUGUGAACAAUCAAUUUAGCACAGUCAGUCUAGAUAUAGAAACCCAAAUCUACGAUUUCAAAACAAAGAAUAUGAGUCUCAAGAAAAGAAACACCAAGAUGCAAUCCACGGUUACAGACCUGAUUAAGAAAAACUCUAAGAUGUGGAGCCACCUUUCCGACAUACAGGGUUCAAUUACCCACCUGAAAACUACCGCAGAUAAGGUGAAGGGAGAUAACAGUCAACUGCAAUUGGAAGUGCACAAACUAAAUGUGAAAAAUGAACAACUUCAGGGCAUGAUCUUGGAGCUUCGGGGUAAUAUUAGUCAACUGGAAACUUCUGUCCGAGAAAAGGAUUGUGAGCUGGAGGCGGCCGGGACUCAGAAUAAGGACUUGCAACUCAGGGUCUUAAACCUGCAAGAGCAGAACGAGCAACUGAAGAAUAUAAUGUUGGACGUGGAGAAAAAGCAGGACUACCAGCAAAGUUUUAACAAACAGAUGCAGGACAAUGUCAGCCAGGUUCGGGAUGUUGCAGAAAAGCUACACAUAGAAAAUAAGCAAAUGCAAGCGGUAAUCUCGGAACUGGGAGAGAAGAAAUACCAGCUGGAGGUGUUUGUUUCAGCACUGGAAGAGAAUAAUUGCAAACUGCAGGCAGCUCUCCCCAGUCAGCGCACGACAGUGUCCGAACUGCAGGACAACGACGCACAAGAGAAGCUCCAGCACGAGAAUUGGAAGAUGCAAGCCACCAUAUCAGAACUCCAUGAAAAUAAGUACCAGAUGGAAGAUGCCCUUGCAGCACUGAAGGAAAAGCUUUUUCAGCUCGAGAUGACUCAGUCUGACAAUAAGAGACUUCAGUUCACAAUCUUAGAACUUCAGGCAAAGCACAACGAUUGCAUAACCAGCAUUGCCAAACUCGACGACAAGAAUAUCAUUCUACAGAAAAAUUACAAUGGUCUGCAGGACUACAAAAAUGAGCUGCUAACAACGCUGUUAGAGUUACAGGGGAAGAUGUUCAAGUUGGAGAGUUAUGAAUUGCAAAACAGACAGUUUCAGAUGGUAGUCAUGGAGUUGCAAGAAAGUAAUGCCCAGUUAGAAGCCAAAAUCAGCAGACUUCAAGAGAAGAACAACUCGCUAGAAGAUUACAUUUCACAAUUGCAGGGCACCAGAACCAAAUAUCAGCCAUCAAUCACUAAAUUGCAGGUAUUGCAGUCGAACGCUGGGGGAGUGGAUAAGACCAAAUACCAAUUUGAAGACUCUUUAUCAGAGCUGCAAGCAACACUGUGUAACUUAGAGGUUUCUGAGACCACAAAUGAGAGACUUCAAGAGUCAGUUUCUGAGCUGCAAGAAAAAUCCUUUGAGGUCCAGGAUGCCAUUCUGAAACUCCGUGGGAGAAUCAAUAGUCUUUACAAGUCUAUCAUGGAACUACAGGAAUACAGUCAUCAAUUUAGCUUCAGUGUUUCUGAGUUACAAGACAAGAACCACAAGUAUGAGAUGUCUGAGCUGCAAAAUCCACCUCUUCUGCAGACCUCUAAGAAGAAGGAAUGUCAUCGAGAGCAAAACACCUCUCUUCCAGAGUUGGAGACAUUGGUUGAAGCAUCAAAGUUUAGAAUAUUCGCCUCCAGAAGAAAUGUUUUACCAGUUGGAAUGCAAAAUCUAAUAGAAGUUAGCAAUGAAAUUAAGAUCUCCAUCCAAUGCAUAGAGACAGACGUCAGAAAUCUUCAAAGCUCAUCUUUUGAGCUAGAGAACAAAUUCAAUGAGAUACAGUCACACAAGGAUAACUUGCUGAAAACAGAGGCAUGUUCUCUUCGAGACAUCGUCAAGCAGAUGAAAGAAUACAAUUGUCUGCUAGAAAUGCAUGAAGAUGAGAAAGCAAAACUGAAGCAGGAAAUUUCUGAUCUAGAGAAUAAACUUGCUGAGGAAAAAUGCUUCUCAAGUAAAACAGAAGAUCAGAUGCAGAGCCAACAAAGAAUAGCUAACUCAGAGAAUAGCAAACUGCAAGAGACAAUAAAAGACCUUCAGUGUAACAAUACGAGACUAGAAGAGACGAUUAGUUGGUCCCUGGAACGCAAUGGGGUAUUGGAUGUUAAGCUUGCCACCCUAAAGAAUAUUCUUGAAGAGGAACAAUUGCAUUCCAGUGAAAAGGAAGCCAAGAUAAACCAGCAAUGGAAGACGUACAUCAAUCAGAUUGACAAUCUUCAAGGGAUGCUGUCAGAAAUGUUUACAGAGAACACAGAUCUUAAAGAGACGGUUAAGAACCUUGAACAAGAGAAAGUGCUACUGCAAACCACAAUAACUGAACUGGUGUCUAAGGUAAAGUCUGAGAUCCCAGAGGUUAGUAACGUGGGAAUUCAAGUCGAUUGCCAAACGACUGCAGAAUUCUCUGAAAAGGACACACAAAAAACGCAUGGAAAAAUGUGGAAAGGUAAUUCAGUCCUUCCGAGGGAUCUGGAGAAGCAUGAACCGCCUUCGGAGAAGACGGUCAACAAUUUACUCGGCAACAAAAAAGUGUACUUUGAUGAAGAAAGGAUUGAUGACCACACCCAGAAGAUAGCAGACGCUCUGUAUAACUGUUCAGAUGCCACAACAGAGGAAUUGCUUGUGAAAGAUACCAAAAUAUGCAAGGUGUGGACUCAUGAUGAGAAAAAAGAUAAAACAGCAGACUUUGUAAAUUGUGAAGUGCAAGGCAAACUCACAGAUGCUGAGUUACACUGCAAUCUGAAUGAAUAUGUAGCUGCUCCUUCUCAGUCUACAAUAGCAGGCUUCAAGAAUUCUCAUCCAAUGGAAAGGUCUAAAGGACUGGUAGAGAGCAAUAAACGUCUGCACUUGUAUAUUGAGAAUCUCAUGGCAGAAAAGUGCUUGCUGACCGCUAUUGUGUCUGAAUUGGAGACAAGAGCGAGAAAAGUAAAGGAGCACUGUGAUGAUGUCAGUGAGAUAGAGAACGCAUAUUGUGAAGACAUCCCAAGUCUUGCUUCCCAGGAAGCAGAUUGCAAGCAACAGUUAGAUUACAACAAGGUAUCCAUGUUUAAUGAUGAGGAAAAGGCCCUUUUGGAAGCCAUCAUUUUUGAACUGGAGNAAAAAGUCGCCAAAGACGAAUUUCACGCCAGUGAACUUGAGGUCCAGUUGGAGACGCAAAGGAAAGAGUACGAUGCAGAAAAAAGGGAGUCACAGAAAAAGGCAAUUGAAGCUCAAGAAGACAAUGAAAAACUCAAAGCUGCCAUUAGAAAGUACGAGGAAGAGAAAAAAUGGUUUGAAAUUAGACUGGCGGAGCAAGGCAGGGUGCUUGCUGUGGAGCAGUCACACAUCUGUGAAAUGGAAAGUGAAUUGAAACAUCAGAUAGAGGUUCUGCGUCACAAGAAAUGCCAGUUAGAAGACAUGGUUGGUGAUCUUCUAGAUGAAAAUAAAACUCUAAAGGUCAUUGUAGAUAAAUCAUGGUUACAUCCCACGAAAGAAGAAAAAGGGAGUAAGGUUAAAAAUCACAAAUGCUUCAGCGGACAAGAAGCAGUGAGUGAUAUUGAACCAGCUGAUCAGAUCUGUGACUUUUCUAAACUCCAAAGAAUAAUCAAGAAGUUGGAAGAGAGAAGCAAGCGCUUACAAUUGAUUGUUGAGAGAUAUAAGAUUGACAAAGAUUCCCUUACAGAGGCUCUUUCAAAGUUUAAGCACUUGCUUGAAGAACAACAGAUACACUGUAGAGAAAGAAUGGCUGAUCUAAGCAAGCUGUUAAAGACAGCUGAUGCCAAAAUACAACAACUUCAAACAAAGCUAACUGAGCUGACACCCAACUACACAAAACUUCAGGAAAUUAUUGAUAAAGCUGAGAGAGAAAAAAGUCCUUCACAAGUCACUGUCUCUAAUACAGAGAAACAACUGAUGCCAUUGAAUCCUGGAUGCCACAGAGAUCACAAAAUAAGUCAAGAGAUGUCUGAAUAUCUGCUCCCAGUUUCUUCUGAGAAUCUAGAGAUAUCUGUUCAAACACUUGAUGCAAACAAUGAAAGGAAAUCUGUUGAUUUCAACACUCAACAGCAAGCCAGCAAUGAAAGCCUCAUGAUUGCCUUGCAUGCUAUUGAACGUGAGAAGAACAUGCUUGAGUUAAACAUGACUGAUAUCGAAUGUAUAUUGGAAUAUGAACAGCUCAAUUUCUCCAAACUGGAGUCUUACCUGACAAGCAAAUACAAGGUAGCAAAAGAUCAGGACAGUGACCUCCAAAAAAUGCUCACAGAAUUGCUGGAUGAUAAUACAAGAUAUCAGGUCUCAAUUGAUGCUCUUGAGAAAGAAAAAAGACUAUUGAAGGACAGUCUCACUGAGCUGGAAGCUGAAAUGAAAAGGAAAUGCCAAACUUGCAUUGACAAAGCUGUGCAAAAGGACGAUGAGCCAAAGGAUUUCCCUGACAUUGCCAAUCAGCUAAAGGAACCUGAGGUAAGGGAAAUGAACCUCCAAGCAACAAUUCCACCAUUGGAAAGAGAUGAGAAACUAUUUGAAAUGAUAGAUUCCCAUCCCCAACAAGAAUUUGAUUGUCUAAGUUGUCAACUGAAAGACCUAACUAAUGAGAACAAUUCUCCCGACAAAGCAAGUGAGGAGCUUGUAAAUAAUAUUCCAAAAUGUCAGGAAAUCCAGGUUUAUCGUGAAAGCAAUAAGAAAUCACUGACUGAUGCAGUCACUGAGGUGCAAGACAGAGUUAAUGUGGAAUGCAAAUCCAGCAAGAAUAAAGUGCCACUUAAGGAUUCUCAUCCCAUGCCAUCAGCUCCCACGUGUCUGUAUGGGACGAUCACCAAACCACUGGACAGCAAUAACCCUCUGCAGUUGUCUAUUGAAAAUCACACAGCAGAGGAAGUUAGAAUCUCACUGCUAAACCAUCAGUCUGAGAAGGAAAAAAUGGUUUUGAUCAAAACUCUCUUGGAAUUGGAGCUCCAGGGGGAUGUGUCACAUGGACCACAAAAGACGGAAAACACGGACGCAACUGAGAUCUCUUCAGGUGAAAUUGAUGUUCUAGAAUUCCCAAUAUUUAAAAUGGAAGAAAUAUUUCCAGGGGAUCACCCACCAUACAGAGAAGCAGAAGCCUUGGAUAGCACUCACAUGUAUGAGAUAAUCAAUGAGCUCCAAAAUAUUGUUCCUGAAAGCCAUAGACAAGCAAUAGAGCAGAAAGAUGUUUCAAUACCUGAGCUCAGGAAUACAGCUUCAGAGGAUUACUCAAGUAAAGUGAAUCCUCAGUUUAACAGCCACUGGAACACUGCUGACGCUAAGCUAAGAAACAAUUGUAGGCAGGGAACAGAUGAUGAAUUACAUUGCAACAAAAUAAAACAUCAGGAGAUCCUCCAGAAUACAGAAAAGCAAUCUUCUGAGACUGAGCUACAAGUCAAAGCUGCAGAGACAGAGAUACAGAACACAACUGAAGAGAUUGAAAUACAGGACACAGUUGUGGAGACAGAGAUACAGGACACAGCUGGAGAGACUGAGAUACAGGACACAGCUGCAGAGACAGAGAUACGGGAUACAGCUGGAGGGAAUGAAAUACAGGACACAACCGGAGAGACUGAGAUACAGGACACAGCUGCAGAGACAGAGAUACAGGAUACAGCUGGAGAGAAUGAAAUACAGGACACAACUGGAGAGACUGGAAUACAGGACACAGCUGCAGAGACAGAGAUACAGGACACAGCUGGAGAGAAUGAAAUACAGGACACAACUGGAGAGACUGAGAUACAGGACACAGCUGCAGAGACAGAGAUACAGGACACAGCUGGAGAGAAUGAAAUACAGGACACAAUUGGAGAGACUGAGAUACAGGACACAGCUGCAGAGACAGAGAUACAGGACACAGCUGGAGAGAAUGAAAUACAGGACACAGCUGGAGAGACUGAGAUACAGGACACAGCUGCAGAGACAGAGAUACAGGGCACAGCUGGAGAGACUGAAAUACAGGACACAAUUGAGGAGACUGAGAUACAGAACACAGCUGGAGAGACUGAGAUACGGGAUAAAACUGGAGAAAAAGUUACAUUACGUUGUGCUGGCGUGUCUCCAUUGCUAUUUACUGAGGACACCCAUCUACAAGGAAUUGCUGCUGAGCAGAUGUGGGCAUUUCAGACACUGACUGCAAUUACUCCAAAUCAUCAGGAACAGGAACCACAGAAUAUAACUUUCUCUGACCCAGAGAUGGAGGGUUCAAUGGACCAAUUUAGGGACCUAAGUCAUACUCAACAAAGCUUAUUUGCCGACGCAGUCAAAGUCUCCAGUGAACGGACUGAAUCUAUAUCUUGUGGCACUCUGACGCUGAGUGAAAAUUCCAAGCUCCAAGAGAGUUGGCAAAUCACCAAGCAAGUAGCCAAGAAGCAGGACAUUGCUAUGGUACUGGAAAUGAAAUGUACCCAGAUAGAGGAAGACAAAUGUGAGUUGGGUUCACUGAUGUCUGGAGAGAUAAGUGCUCAAGAAGAGGCAGGGACGCAGAAUAACACCUUUAUCCGACCCAUCUGGGAGAAGUGCAUGUUACAGUGAUUCUCCAAAGCUCUCUCUGACCAUGACCAAGAUCACUGUCAACAUACCUCAGGAUAUUUUCCAUAAAUUAGAGACAUAUUUGAUGCAAAAAGGUUAUUUAUUAAGUUACACGAAAAUACAAUUGUCCAUCUAUUCGAUCUACUUUAAAAGACUACGUUUUAAAAAAAACAUUGACUUUUGGGACAGAUUUCAAUUGAAAAACACAAUAUU